AUGAUUAAAUCCCAAAUUAACAAAGCCAUCAAUUUAUCAUAAUCUAUCUUAGAUGACAGUCCAGAAUUCUGGAUACAAAGACCUUAAAUACUAAUUCAAUUCCAACUGUCAGACGAACUCUCGAUUGUUAAUAGGAAUAGAUUAAUCCAAAAAACAAUUUAUUUCGGAGGUUAUUAUCUAAAAUAUGGAGAUGAUAAAUUCCUUGACGUUAGGAAUCUAUUUCUUGAGAUCGUUUACCAUCCAAGAACUUCUCAAACAGGAUUCAGAUUAAGUAAAAAUGGCGAAAAACUGGAUGCUUACGGAGACAUCUAAAAUUGGGUUGAAGUCUUAAGAAAGUAUACAAUCUAAAAGAAUUUGUAAUAAAAAUACAAAAUAAUCAAGAAAAUAGGUGAGGGAAGCUAAUUUUAGGUUUUCAAAAUUCGAGACAAACUAACUGGAUAGUAAAAUGCUGUUAAAAUAUAUGAUAAAUUGAAACUAUUAAAUUCUCCUUACUUGUUAGACCUUUUGAAAAAACAAAUCGGUAUGAAAAGACAAUUUGAUCAUAAAAAUUUAAUUCGCCUAUAGGAAGUUUACGAAAGUGCCAAUCAUCUCUACGUCGUCGAAGAGUUAGUUGAAGGAGGAACCUUAGAAAGUAAAAUUUCAUCAACAACCUUUAACCAACAAUAGAUCAUACUGAUCAUUAAACAAACAUUGAAUGGAUUACAAGAAAUGCAUAAGAAAGGAUUCAUACAUGGCGAUGUCACUCUAAAAGCUAUAGGAUUCAAGAGUGAAUAAGAUAUGGAUUCCUUAUGCUUAUUACAUUAUUCCAAAGUGAUGUCAAUCAAUGCAGCAAGAAACUCUACUAAAAAAAUGUACAGUUAAAGACCAUCCUUAAAGAAUGACAAAGCCCACACUUCUGAUCUACAACAGUUGGGAAUCAUUUUGAUAAGAUUACUUACUGGCUAUUAGUUUAAUCAAUUCAAUUUGCCUAGUCAAAUGGAUGAUAUCAAAAGCAUAUUAAAUUUCUAAUAAACAAGCAAGGAAUUAGAAAUUCUACUUUAACAAUUACUUUUAAUUGAUUUUGAAUUGCAGUUGAGUGAUACUAACACUCCUCUUGAAGUGUUAAAAAAUGAUAUCUUUAAGAAAUAAAUAGAACCUUAAAAUUUCAUUCUUAAAUAUCAAAAUUUGAAUGAUAAAAGAAGGCAUAGUGAAUAAAGUAAUAGUGAUGAUGAAUCAAUGGAAAUACGCUCUAGAGUUAACACAUUACCUAAUAUUCAAGAUAGAAAUAGUGAGUCUAGAAGUUUAUCAAACAGAGUUAAAAAUAUGGUAUCUCCUCUGAAAAUAUCAAAAUUUAAUAAAAUUGAUUCAGGUUUGAAGCCACCUUCACAAAAUGCAUAAAAAAGACCUAGCAAUUUAUAUCAACUACCAAGAAUGAAUCUUAUGCCUAAGAUAAAGUAAAAGGUUUGGUGA